AUGCCCGAAAGUCAGUACCAGCCCGAAGUUACUGGUGGUGGUGAUUCUGACAUUACUACUUUACUGGCAACGACAAUGAAGAACACAUCACCUACAAUGGCGCAAGUCACUACUACUGCUGCAACAGCAACAAAUAACUCUUGUUCUCCAUCACCAUGUAUGAAUGGUGGAACUUGCAUUGAGGACUCUGGUGGUGGCUAUAACUGCAGUUGCGUGACAGGAUUCACAGGCAGGAACUGUGAUAUUAAUGUGACCUGUCCUGUUCCGCUUCCACCAAAUAAUGGCCUCCUUCCUGGAGGAAAUUUAACGUACGGCAGCAAUCUCACCGUGUCGUGUAUCGAAGGUUAUGCACUGGCUGGUGUUUCUGUUGUGGAGUGUGGUCCGACGGGAGUCGCUACAAACAUCUCCGGCACACUCUGCAGUAAUAUUGAUGAGUGUACCACUGGUGUCCAUAAUUGCAGUAGUGAUGCUACCUGCACUGACACAGAUGGAGGAUUUCUAUGUCGCUGCUCGCCUGGACAUUACGGCCCUGGGACCACUUGCGAAGAAUGCCGCUUCACAGAAUCAAAUGUUGCUAGUGUCAAUACUGCCGGCAAGGUAGUCUGUAACAACGCCUUCACCCGUAUUCAGGGCAGCGCAGUGGCUACAUGCCCAGUAGGCUCGACAACUGGCACAUGGGAAAACGUCGGAGACUGCCAAGCUUUGUGCAGCAUGCCAAUCAUCAAGGCGGGAGAAGUCAAUGCAACACAAGUGACUGUUUCUGGCUCCAGUGCUGAGUUGUACUCGACAGCUGUGUACAGCUGUAAUGAGGGCUAUAGACUAUCAAGUGGAGUGAACAACACAAGAGUAAACUGUUCUGUUGUGAAUGGAAGUGCCGUCUUCCAUUCAGCACCUACUUGUCAAGAUAUCGAUGAAUGCAGUCCCUCUAGUGUGAAUGAUUGUGACUCAUCAGCAGCCUGCACAAAUACUGUUGGAUCAUUCACAUGCUCUUGUAAUGCUGGUUACCACGGAAAUGGUACAACAUGCAGAGAUAUCGAUGAAUGCAGUCCCUCUGGUGUGAAUGAUUGUCACUCAUCAGCAGCCUGCACAAACACUGUUGGAUCAUUCACAUGCUCUUGUAAUGCUGGUUUCCACGGAAAUGGUACAACAUGCAGAGCAUGUGGCUUCACAGAGUCCAAUGUUGCUGGAAUCGAUAGUACUGGAAAUGUAACCUGCAGUAAUGGCUACACCCGUGUUCAGGGCAUCGUUGCUGUAGCUAGCUGCCCGGUGAAUUCUACAACUGGCAACUGGGAAGGAGUUGGAGAAUGCCAAGCUUUGUGCAGCAUGCCAAGCAUCAACGAGGGAGAAGUCAAUGCAACACAAGUGACUGUUUCUGGCUCCAGUGCUGAGUUUUACUCGACAGCUGCGUACAGCUGUAAUGAGGGCUAUAGACUAUCAAGUGGAGUGAGCAAUACAAGAGUAAACUGUUCUGUUGUGAGUGAAAGUGCUAACUUCCAUGGACCACCUACUUGUCAAGAUAUCAAUGAAUGCAGUCCCUCUAGUGUGAAUGAUUGUGACUCAUCAGCAGCCUGCACAAAUACCGUUGGAUCAUUCACAUGCUCUUGUAAUGCUGGUUACCAUGGAAAUGGUACAACAUGCAGAGCAUGUGGCUUCAUAGAGUCCAAUGUUGCUGGAAUCGAUAGUACUGGAAAUGUAACCUGCAGUAAUGGCUACACCCGUGUUCAGGGCAUCGUUGCUGUAGCUAGCUGCCCGGUGAAUUCUACAACUGGCAACUGGGAAGGAGUUGGAGAAUGCCAAGCUUUGUGCAGCAUGCCAAGCAUCAAGGCGGGAGAAGUCUAUGCAACACAAGUGACUGUUUCUGACUCCAGUGCUGAGUUGUACUCGACAGCUGUGUACAGCUGUAACGAGGGCUAUAGACUAUCAAGUGGAGUGAGCAACACAACAGUAAACUGUUCUGUUGUGAUUGGAAGUGCUGACUUCCGUUCAGCACCUACUUGUCAAGCUUGUCAAGUCAGUGGCACUGGUCAUAAGGUAUCUUCUGUAUCUGUUAGUGGCAUUGUAACUUGUGAUGCUGGGUACUACUACAAUGGAACGCAGCCUGUUUGUGAAGAUCAGUCACCGAACUGGCAAAGUCUUGUAUCUUGCAAGGCCUGCAAGAUUCCAAUAGGGAAGUUCAUUGAUUCGAUUACUAGCAGUGGAGCUGUAACCUGUGUUACUGGUUAUGAGAACACUCCUUCUCAGGCAGCCACCACAUGUACCAAUGCUGCUGGCGUGUGGCAGAAUGCAUCAACAUGCACGAUUAAGACAUGUAUAAUCUCUGCACCUGCGAAUGGCAGUGCCAGUCCACUUCCUCCUACUAUUAACUACAACCAACAAGUAAAUUACUCCUGCCACACCGGAUUCCGUCUGGUUGGAGAGAAAAGCUCUGAGUGCGAUGCCAGUGGAAGUCUUACAGCUGCACAGCCUAUGUGCCAAGAUAUCAAUGAGUGUGGUAACACUACUCUCCCGGAUGAUGAUUGCCACCAUGAUGCCUUGUGUACUAACACUCCAGGAAGUUUUGGGUGUUCGUGUAACAGUGGCUAUACUGGAAAUGGGACCUAUUGCGAAAAUAUCAACGAAUGUGUAAGUGGACACGAAUGUGACACAAAUGCAAACUGUACGGAUAUGAUUGGUACUUAUCGUUGUGACUGUGUUGUUGGCUACAAUGGCACUGGACGCUCUUGUACAAUUGUGACCUGCCAGAAGCCUGCUCCACCAAGCAAAGCCAUUGUGUCUCCUGGAACAUUUACAUAUAACCAGCAGCUGAACUUUUCAUGCCAGAUUGGCUACACUCUGCAAGGAUCUGGCCAUGUUCUCUGUCAGGACAAUGGGCAACCAACAAAUUAUGCAACGACUGCAUGUGCUGCUUUGUGCAGCAAGCCAACUAUCCCUCAUGGAAGUGUCGAAGCAACGCAAGUGAUUGUUUCUGGCUCCAGUGCUGAGUUGUACUCGACAGCUAUGUACAGCUGUAACGAGGGCUAUAGACUAUCAAGUGGAGUGAGCAACACAACAGUAAACUGUUCUGUUGUGAUUGGAAAGGCUAGCUUCCAUUCAGCACCUACUUGUCAAGCUUGCCAAAUUGGUGGCAGUGGUCACAAGAUAUCUUCUGUAUCAGAUAGCGGCACUGUAACUUGUGAUACUGGGUACAACUACAGUGGAACACAGCCUGUGUGUGAAGAUCAGUCACUAAACUGGCAGAACCUUAAGUCUUGCCAGGAUAUCGAUGAAUGCAGUCCCUCUGGUGUGAAUGAUUGUGACUCAUCGGCAGCCUGCACAAAUACUGUUGGAUCAUUCACAUGCUCUUGUAAUGCUGGUUUCCACGGAAACGGUACAACAUGCAGAGCAUGUGGCUUCACAGAGUCCAAUGUUGCUGGAAUCAACAGUACUGGCAAAGUAACCUGUAGUAAUGGCUACACCCGCGUUCAGGGCGACGUUGCUUUAGCUACCUGCCCGGUGAAAUCUGCAACUGGCAACUGGGAAGGAGUUGGAGAAUGCCAAGCUUUGUGCAGCAUGCCAAGCAUCAGCCAGGGAGAAGUCAAUGCAACACAAGUGACUGUUUCUGACUCCAGUGCUGAGUUGUACUCGACAGCUGUGUACAGCUGUAACAAGGGCUAUAGACUAUCAAGUGGAGUGAACAACACAAGAGUAAACUGUUCUGUUGUGAAUAGCAGUGCUGUCUUCCAUUCAGCACCUUCUUGUCAAGAUAUCGAUGAAUGCGGUCCCUCUGGUGUGAAUGAUUGUCACUCAUCAGCAGCCUGCACAAACACUGUUGGAUCAUUCACAUGCUCUUGUAAUGCUGGUUUCCACGGAAAUGGUACAACAUGCAGAGCAUGUGGCUUCACAGAGUCCAAUGUUGCUGGAAUCGAUAGUACUGGCAACGUAACCUGCAGUAAUGGCUACACCCGUGUUCAGGGCAUCGUUGCUGUAGCUAGCUGCCCGGUGAAUUCUACAACUGGCAACUGGGAAGGAGUCGGAGAAUGCCAAGCUUUGUGCAACAUGCCAAGCAUCAACGAGGGAGAAGUCAAUGCAACACAAGUGACUGUUUCUGGCUCCAGUGCUGAGUUGUACUCGACAGCUGUGUACAGCUGUAAUGAAGGCUAUAGACUAUCAAGGGGAGUGAGCAAUACAAGAGUAAACUGUUCUGUUGUGAGUGAAAGUGCUGACUUCCAUGGACCACCUACUUGUCAAGAUAUCAAUGAAUGCAGUCCCUCUAGUGUGAAUGAUUGUGACUCAUCAGCAGCCUGCACAAAUACUGUUGGAUCAUUCACAUGCUCUUGUAAUGCUGGUUACCAUGGAAAUGGUACAACAUGCAGAGCAUGUGGCUUCACAGAGUCCAAUGUUGCUGGAAUCGAUAGUGCUGGCAAAGUAACCUGCAGUAUUGGCUACACCCGUGUUCAGGGCAUCGUUGCUGUUGCUAGCUGCCCGGUGAAUUCUGCAACUGGCAACUGGGAAGGAGUUGGAGAAUGCCAAGCUUUGUGCAACAUGCCAAGCAUCAGCCAGGGAGAAGUCAAUGCAACACAAGUGACUGUUUCUGACUCCAGUGCUGAGUUGUACUCGACAGCUGUGUACAGCUGUAACGAGGGCUAUAGACUAUCAAGUAGAGUGAGCAACACAAGAGUAAACUGUUCUGUUGUGAGUGGAAGUGCUGACUUCCAUGGACCACCUACUUGUCAAGAUAUCGAUGAAUGCAGUACCUCUGGUGUGAAUGAUUGUGACUCAUCAGCAGCCUGCACAAAUACUGUUGGAUCAUUCACAUGUUCUUGUAAUGCUGGUUUCCACGGAAACGGUACAACAUGCAGAGCUUUGUGCAACAAGCCAAGCAUCAGUGAGGGAGAAGUCAAUGCAACAAAAGUGACUGUUUCUGGCUCCAGUGCUGAGUUGUACUCGACAGCUGUGUACAACUGUAACCAGGGGUACAGACUAUCAAGUGGAGUGAGCAACACAAGAUUGAACUGUACUGUUGUGAACGGAAGUGCUGACUUCUAUUCAGCACCUACUUGUCAAGCUUGUCAAGUCGGUGGCAGUGGUCAUAGGGUAUCUUCUGUAUCUGUUAGUGGCAUUGUAACUUGUGAUGCUGGGUACUACUACAAUGGAAUGCAGCCUGUUUGUGAAGAUCAUUUACUAACUUGGCAAAGCCUUGCAUCUUGCCAGGCCUGCAAUAUUCCACUAGGGAAGUUCAUUGAUUCGAUUACUAGCAGUGGAGUCGUAACCUGUGUUAUUGGUUAUGAGAACACUCCUUCUCAGGCAGCCACCACAUGUACCAAUGCUGCUGGUGUGUGGCAGAAUGCACCAACAUGCACGAUUAAAACAUGUCAAAUCUCUGCACCUGCGAAUGGCAAUGCCAGUCCACUUCCUCCUACUAUUAACUACAACCAACAAGUAAAUUACUCCUGCCACACCGGAUUCCGUCUGGUUGGAGAGAAAAGCUCUGAGUGCGAUGCCAGUGGAAGUCUGACAACUGCACAGCCUGUUUGCCAAGAUAUCAAUGAAUGUGAUAACACUACUCUCCAUGAUUGCCACCAUGAUGCCUUGUGUACUGACACUCCAGGAAGUUUUGGGUGUUCGUGUAACAGUGGCUACACUGGAAAUGGGACCUAUUGCACAAAUAUCAACGAAUGCGUAAGUGGACAUGAAUGCGACACGAAUGCAAACUGUACGGAUAUGAUUGGUACUUAUCGUUGUGACUGUGUUGUUGGCUACAAUGGCACUGGACGCUCUUGUACAAUUGUGACCUGCCAGAAGCCUGCUCCACCACGCAGUUCGACUGUGUCUCCUGGAACAUUCACAUAUAACCAGCGACUGAACUUUUCAUGCCAGAUUGGCUACACUCUGCAAGGAUCUGACCAUGUUCUCUGUCAGGACAAUGGGCAACCAACGAAUUAUUCAACGACUACAUGCGCUGAUGACGAUGAAUGUGCCCUUAAGACACACGCAUGCUCAGUUAAUGCAGCGUGUAGCAACAAUGAUGGCUCCUAUGCAUGUGCAUGCAAUCCUGGCUAUACUGGAAAUGGUACCAACUGUCAAGACAUUGAUGAAUGCAGCAGUAACCCCUGCCAAAAUGGGACUUGUCACAAUCUGGUUGACCUGUACCAGUGUAGAUGUCAUCCUGGAUUCGCUGGGACGGAAUGUCAAACAAAUAUUGAUGAAUGUGCAAACUCGCUUUGUCAAAACGGUGCGACAUGUCAGGAUGGCAUCAAUCAGUAUACUUGUACUUGCUUGCCGGGAUACACCUCAACAUUCUGCCAGACUGAUAUUGAUGAAUGUUCGACAUCACCUUGUCUGAACGGUGCCACUUGUGCAGACCGUGUGAACAGCUACAGUUGCACUUGUGCAACGGGCUAUCAAGGCACUACGUGUGACAUAAACAUAAAUGAAUGUGCACCAAACCCCUGUGGGAAUGGUGGCACAUGCUCUGAUGGAGUCGCAAACUACUCAUGUGCAUGUAACCCCGGUUACACUGGAAGGAACUGUUCGGUUGACAUUGAUGAAUGUGCCAGCAAUCCCUGCCAGAAUGGUGCCAGCUGUACCCAAGGAGUGAAUCUAUACACCUGUGCAUGUGUUGUUGGCUACACUGGGCUCAACUGUGAAAAUGGUAAGUCCUAG